CGCUGAGAUGGCGGCGGCCGCCGCCGGGCUGAGCUGGAGGCGGGUGUCCUCCUUCACGGGGCCGGUGCCGCGCUCCCGCCACGGGCACCGCGCGGUCGCCAUCCGAGAGCUGCUCAUCAUUUUCGGCGGCGGCAACGAGGGCAUCGCCGACGAGCUGCACGUCUACAACACGGUUACAAAUCAAUGGUUCCUUCCAGCUGUAAGGGGAGAUAUUCCUCCAGGCUGUGCAGCACAUGGAUUUGUUUGUGAUGGUACCAGAAUACUAGUUUUUGGAGGAAUGGUUGAAUAUGGAAGAUAUAGCAAUGAUUUAUAUGAAUUGCAGGCAAGUCGAUGGCUCUGGAAAAAAGUAAAACCUCAAGCUCCUUCAAAUGGAUCACCACCCUGUCCUCGGCUUGGCCACAGCUUUUCUUUGUAUGGUAACAAGUGCUAUUUAUUUGGUGGCCUGGCAAAUGAAAGUGAAGAUUCAAAUAAUAAUGUUCCCAGAUAUUUAAAUGAUUUCUAUGAACUGGAGCUGCAACAUGGGUCUGGCGUGGUCGGCUGGAGUAUUCCUGUGACCAAAGGAAUCUUGCCAUCUCCCCGAGAAUCUCACACAGCCAUUGUGUACUGCCGAAAAGAUGUGGGAAGCCCAAAGAUGUAUAUUUUUGGAGGCAUGUGUGGCUGUCGGCUUAAUGAUCUCUGGGAACUUGACAUAGAAACCAUGACCUGGUCAAGACCAGAAACCAAAGGGACAGUACCACUUCCUCGUAGUCUCCAUACGGCCAAUGUAAUAGGAAACAAAAUGUAUGUUUUUGGUGGAUGGGUUCCACAGUCAACAGCAGGUGAAAUUUCUGCUCCUGACGGUGAAUGGAAAUGCACUGGUUCAUUUUCUUACCUUAAUUUGGAUACCACAGAAUGGAUAGGUCUGAUCUCAGAUUGCCAGGAGGACAAAAGUAACUUGUUACCAGGGCCAAGAGCAGGACACUGUGCUGUAGCUGUUGGCACUCGUCUGUAUAUCUGGAGUGGUAGAGAUGGUUACAGAAAAGCUUGGAACAAUCAAGUUUGCUGCAAAGAUCUUUGGUACCUUGAUACUGAGAGACCUCAAGCACCAUCACAGGUACAGCUGAUCAGAGCUACAACCAAUUCUUUUCAAUUGAAGUGGGAUGAAGUACCUACUGUUGAAGGAUAUCUUCUUCAAUUACAUGCUGACUCACCAGUGCCAACGGUGGCUGGAAUUCCUGGUACUGGCAUUCCUGAGACAUCAGUGCUGAGUUCACAAGGUGGCUGUUCUCUCCAUCAGAGUCCACAGUCAUUGCCUAGCGUCCCUUAUCCAGAAAUGAAGGUGGAUCCUCCCAGCCAAGCAAAUAAUCUCAUUCCUAAUAACGUCCAAGUUGCCCUUUCAUCCAGUUCAAAAGUAGAAGGAAAAGAAAAGGUUGCAGCACCUGAAAACAAGGUUACACAGGAGACCAUGAAAAACCAUGCAGAUGCUACAGGAUUCAAAGAAUCAAAUGCCCCUUCUCUUUUGCCUGUUUGUACUUCAAGUGCUCAGACAUCAGCAAAUGUAGGUGAAUUACAUGACUUGGACAAACAAAGUGUAAAUCCUGAUGCUUCUGUAUCCAGUACUGUCUCCAGCACACAAACUAUGGUAACCCAGCAGGCUGUUAAAACUGAAUCAUCAAGUACAAAUGGGGCAGUUGUUAAAGAUGAAACUUCACUAACAACAUUCAAUUCAAAAUCUGAAGCUGCUGAAACUGCUUAUGUCACGCCUUCAACAAGGGUCAGUACUGGACAGACAAAUGAUUCACACUCUUCUAGAGCUCCCCAGAGGCCGCCGGCACCCGUGAAAGCCAGGGACCGCCGCUGGUAUGAUGUGGGAAUUUUUAAGAACAACAGUGCUGUGGUGAGCCAGUUCUACUUGCUGCCAGAGGAAACAAUGAACAUCAAUAGCAAGACAGAAGGUGCAGAUGUACCAGACUACAGAUUACUUAAGAAACAGGAUCUGUUUCCAGGCACAGUGUACAGGUUCAGAGUUGCUGCAAUUAAUGGCUGUGGUAUUGGGCCUUUCAGUAAAAUCAGUGAAUUCAAGACAUGCAUUCCAGGUUUUCCUGGAGCUCCUUCAACAGUCAAAAUCACCAAGAGUGUAGACUGUAUUCAUCUUUCUUGGGAGCCUCCUGCUUCACCCUCUGGAAAUAUCUUAGAAUACUCUGCCUACUUAGCCAUCCGUUCCACGCAAUUACAGGAAAAUCCAAGUCAACUUGUAUUUAUGAGGAUAUACUGUGGUCUUAAAACCUCCUGUAUAGUGACUGCUGCCCAGCUCUCCAAUGCCCACGUGGAUUACACUUCCCGGCCUGCCAUAGUGUUCAGGAUUUCAGCCAAGAACGAGAGAGGCUAUGGCCCUGCCACACAGGUCCGGUGGCUCCAAGAUAUGAAAACAUCAAAGUAGAAACGACUUAAAUCUCCAGUUUCGAAUGUAGUGUUUAAUGUAACUCUUGUACUAUUUGUAAAUGCUACAAAUAUUUUAUUUUUGCAUUGUUUUUAUCUUAAAAAAUAUAUAACCUUUUUUACGUUUGACACAUCAACAUUAUAGAGCCUUGCUCAGGUAUGAGUAUCAUGUAGAAAAUAUAUCAGAGAUGGUGGAGGAUCACACUCUAUCCAGCAGCUCUUUUUGGUAGUGAUAAGUUAAAAUGUAAAUAACACUGAGUUUCAGAUUAAAAAUGAACAAAAGAAUUGGCACAAGUAGUAGUAUUUGAGGUAGAGUCCCCGUGAUUGCUACAGAUCUUGUAUAGAUAAUUCAUAAGAUUUGGGAUAUGAGCAAAUUCUGCUUGGUUUUGGUUCCCUAUACCACAUUCUUCAUUGUGGUGCUUGAGUACAAGGCAAAAAUUUCCAGUUAUUAUAUAGUAACUUAAAAUGUAUAAAUAUUUUAAUAUAUACUUUUUUUGUAAAGAAAUGAUUUUUUCUACUAUUUGUAACAAAUAUCUUAAUCUUGAAAGAUAUCCCCUGAAAAAUUAAAAGGAAAAAGAUAAACUUAUCCAUUGCUCUUAUUACAAAAAAGGUAAAUUCAUUGUAAAUGCACUACUAUUACUUAAAAUUAUCCUUUUGUAGUUGUACAAAUCUUAAACUUGUAAAUACCAAUGUUUACAAGAGAUCUUUCUGGUCUCUUUUCCAUGAGAUUCAUUCUCUUUUUCUUUUUUUUUU